CAGAAAUCGUACCAAGGAAGUCUCCAAGCGAAGCAUUUUCAAAAUUCAAAAUGGCCGUAGAUUAUGCUUCUGGUUUGACAGACUAUCCUCAUAAAGGCAAGUGUGGAGCGCCCGAGGUUUGUUAUUUUGCGUUGUUUUUGAUUAAUUUAGUUGUACAAAUAUAUUCUGUUUAGUUUUACUGUUGGGCAAGCUGUACAAUAGGUUAUUAUCAAGUUAUAAUUGUAUAUUUUACUGUGGUGUGCUAGUAUAUUUUAUGAAUGGUCAUUAUGGUCUGACACAGGGGCGGAUCCAGGAUUUUUCGUACGUUAGUCAAAGUUUUCAGAUGUACAAUCUAGUUUUGCGAGCGGUGGAUGCGCGAGGCACCUAGGGGGGUCUGUCCCCCAGGGUGUCUGUCCCCAGGAAAUUUUUUAUAUUUAAACCUCAGAAACGCCAUUUGCAGCACUCUGAAAGCAGCUUCAACAAAAAAUUAACCUCAUGAAUUGGGAGAUAAUUAUAGCAAUUAUCAGAGUCACUGACUCUCACAACUCGCUCCUUAGGGAAAUUUAAAAGAGAAGUACUUGCAGAAAUGUGAUAAGUGUGGAAGAUGUUUCAUUUUAUCAAAUUACGGAUUGCUAGUAUUAUGUUUAACUAACUCAUGAUGGUAUUACACUCAUUUAUGUUGCCUAAUAGCCUUGUUGAGUCAUUGAUCACUUGACUAGUAAUCACUACAGUGUCAUAUUACUCAAAUAAACGUAUAUCAAUAUUAAAGUUCGAACAUUCAUCAAUAAAACCUGACCUUUAGAUCUUAUGUAUGCUGCAUUAAUGCAUUUAUAUCGGUUAUCCUCAAUAGCCUCCUGAGUUCUGAUGGUCCUUCAACCGCACAAAUAUGCAAAUUUGUUGUGUAAAUCAAAAUUCAUGGCUAAAUCAAAAUACGCGUAUUUACAUAUGCGUGGCGUGCAUCUUGUUCGCUUAUAAAUAUUGUUAUGCUAUCUAAAACGAAAUAAAAUUUACAUAUCACAUUAAAUUUACCUUAUUGCACUUCAGAAUAAAGAUCUCGGCGCCAAUACUUCUGCUCAAACAGUCAAACUGUAGUUCGUGCUACUCAUAGCGCCUAGCAACUGCUCACUUAAUCGAACUCUCCGAUAUUUAGCGUCGAUUUUCCUCCCAAGAUCAGCGCAACAGUCUUGUAAGACAGCUAAAUCAUUCACCGCAAAUGCGGAUUCAACCGUUUCAUGAAUACUAGAAGGAUGGGAGCAGCAGACAUUUCUGAAUUUUCCGUAGAUAUAUAUCUUUAAAUUGAAUCUUUCGACAAAGCUCCAACAUGACACUUCGAAUGAGCGCACGCUCGGAAAGACUUUACCACGCGUGAAAUAUAAUAUUAAUGAUAUUCAGACUAAUGGGGCGCCCCUGACUUUUGUAAAUCGGUCAGAACUCCCCACAGAUCAGUCAAAUUUGAAAAAAAUCGCUUGUUUCCAUGGAAAUAAGCGUCUAGACCAAUCAGAACACUGGAUUUUGACUUUUUGACUGACCGACUUUGCGUAUGUCAGCUGCUCAUUGACUUGACUAAGCUCGUCGGCUCAACCACUGUAUGAAAUUUGAUCACUGGACUACAGUUCAAUUGGAAUGUUAAUUGCUAGCGCUGCAUGAUAAUAGAUACUGGACUAUUAUAAAGUGCCACUGCAUGAUAAAAAAUAACUGGACUAUUGGUCGAAUAUUUAAUGCUUUAAUCAGACUUUAAUUAAGUUUGUAAUUUUUACGUUAGUCGCGUGACUGGUUUGACGACCCCUAGAUCCGCCCCUGGUCUGACAAAUAUUUUAUCAAAUAUUUUAUUAAUUUAAAAUACAUGUAUAUUUUGGCCUUCAUUUUCUGAAGUUUAAAUUUGUAUCCAUUUUCAGUGCUUAAGAGUUUUAAAAACUUUGUGGUGUUUAUGUUCAUUAGUAUUUACUUUAAUAGGUUUUGUUUGUGGAAACACCACGUAAAUUUAUUACUGCAAAGCUUUCGAUCCGUAAGCCCGGAUCUUCAUCAGUGCUAAUAAUAUGUGACUUGUUUAAUUCACUAAUUAAUAAUAAUUCGUGAAUUAAACAAGUCACAUAUUAUUAGCACUGAUGAAGAUCCGGGCUUUGUAACGGAUCGAAAGCUUUGCAGUAAUAAAUUUACGUGGUGUUUCCACAAACAAAACCUAUUAUAUUUUAUCACCAUGCAAACAUACAAAGAACUUAGUAUUUACUUUCCUAUUACAGUUAAUAAUUUCACGAAACUUUGGCUACAAUAGUACAAAAUUGAUAAAUUAUUCGUAUUUCGCAGUAAAGUUGGCGAAUUAGUUGUCAAUUUGUUGGCAAUUUCCAACAUGAUAACUUUUUCUUACAUGUCAGCCAUGUUGGAUAGAAAGUGAGGACAGUUGCUCAUAAAUAAUGCAAAAUGGCACAGCGGCAUGAAAAUUUACAAGAAUGUUUGGAUGCAAAAUGGCAUAUACACACCUGCCAUUUCAUGCUCUGCCAUUUUUAUUUCACUUUCAUUCCAACAUGGCGGACAUGUGAGAAAGGUUUAGUUAUUAUGAAUUAGGUCCUUGUAAUUUUAGGCAGCAACAGCUAUUGCUGAUAAUUCAAUUACACAAUUUGCAUUAAUACAAUUCUCAUUUUGGAGAAAAAAUGCUGCCAGAUUGUAGAAUAUUGAUUGCAAUGUUUUUGUCUAUGAUGAUUUUCUAAAAUUGUGUCGACUGGAAUUUCACAAUCAAAUUCUGGAAGCAAACCCUUCUGAGUGGCUAAACACAGUCCUUGUAAUUUUGAUAAAUCUUCGGGGGCAAAAAAUUGUCGCCGAUAUUUCAAAGUUCUGUGCCAGUUUGGCGGCACUAUAAAUUGACACUUUGACAGAAAACAGAAUUAUUUUAUAUUUAGUAUUCUCUUGACUCUACUAAUUAAAAGUGUUUGAUAUUCAAGGAAACCUUGUUUCACACACAAUAACAAAUGUUGAGACCAGCUAUCAAUUGUUUAGUUUUAACUUUGUUACACUACGGACGUUCUAAAAUUGUAUGAUUGUAUAUUUGAACUUGAAGUUACAUGAAGUAUAUCAGAACUUUUGAUGUAUUUUAAAAUAAGCCACAAAAAUAAAAGUGUUCACAAAAGAAUAGCUCACUUUCUUGAAUUAUUUUCUAAUCAUAUGUUCAUACUUGGAAAAAUUAAUCGAAUUGAGAAGGCAGUGGAGCAUCGUCAAUGACACAAAAAUUUGUUGGUGGCAAAAAAUUGCUGCCGAUAAUUUAAUCUUUGGCAGCAUUAUCUGCGGCAAUUGCUUUUUGCCGCCGAAAAUUGCGAGGACUGUAAACAGCCACUACUAGCCUCUGACUAGCCACCUAGUGGCCAAUCAUAUGCUUUGUUUACAAGCCUGCUUGUGAAUUUCAUAAAACAUACUUGACCUAACCAACUUCUCAACCAACUUGCCUGCAACUUUGCAAUGAAUUUGAAAUUACCAAGCAAACUUUAGUUUAUCUAUGAACCAUUUCUUAUACACAAAAGUAUCGUUUGUCAGGCCACAAAUCAAUAUUUCAAAUUUUCCUUAAGCUUUUCGACCAAGAAGAUGAACUCGAACGAAAAAUAAUAGAAUUAUCAAAGUUAAUCAAAGAAUCAAAACAUUUGGUGUUUCACACGGGAGCUGGAAUAAGCACAUCCUGUGGUAUUCCUGAUUUCCGAGGGCCCAAAGGUGUCUGGACACUAGAGGCAAAGGGAGAAAAACCAACGUUUGAUGUCACUUUCAAGAGUGCCAAGCCAAGUUCGACGCAUAUGGCAAUUGUCCAGCUUGAAAGAGAAGGAUAUUUAAAGUUUGUUGUCAGUCAGAAUGUUGAUGGUUUGCAUUUGAAAUCUGGUUUUCCAAGGUAUAGAUCCAGUAGUUGAAAUUCAAACCAUUAUACUUUAAUGCACCCAAGCUAAAACUUUAUGUCUCUAAUAUAACUUGCCUUACCUUUAAUACCUCCUUUCCAUUACAUUACCGGUACAUUACUCUAAAGCCCCGGUCAAAUGAGGAUGAGAGUUGAUGAGUGUCGGCAGGCACAAAUUCACUGUGCAAAUUCCUUACUUUUCAAGAAAUUACUUCCUUGCAAAUUCCUUCGUUCUAAACAAAGACGAAGGACUUUGUGAAAGUCUAACCACAUCCUAUCAUUCCUACACCAUACUAUUCUUUACCAUACCAUACCAUACCAUACCAUCUCAUUCCUUAUCACAUAAUACUAUACCAAACCAUUCUUUACCAUACUAUACCUUACACAUACCCUAUCCUAACAUUCCUACACCAUUCUAUUCUUCACCAUACCAUUCCUUACCACACCAUGUCAUUCCUUACCACCAUACUACACCAUACUACACCAUACUAUUCCUUACCAUACCAUGGCAUAUUAUAUAAUAACGUUAAGAAUUCAAGUGCUUUCAUUGGUCGAGAGCCAUGAUCUAUUAGAGGACAGACGCACAGAAUUACGUCACACUUGACGUAAUUUAAGGUAGCCAAUAGCAUUCCCUUUAUAUUUGUAUAGAUCGUGUAUGUGUGAUAUUUGUAAAAUUUCGACUUUUUCCAAUUUCCAAAUGUUUGGGUGGAUAAAAGCUAUUUACCUGUUUAAUUCAGGGGGUUUCUUAUAUGGGCAAAAUCUUAUUUAUUUGUUAACGAUACCAUACCAUACAAUUCCUUACACAUACCACAUCCUACCAUUCGUACACCAUACUGUACUAUCCUUACCAUACCAUACAAUUCCUUACCACACCAUACCAUUCCUUACCAUACCAUAUACCAUACCAUAUACCAUAUCAUUCCUUACCAUAUUAUACCAUUCCUUACCAUUAGGGUGAGGCGGUUUCUACAAAAAAACGAAAACCGAAAACCGACCAAAAAAACCCGAAAAAACCGAGUGAACCGGUUUUUUAAAAAAAUACGUUCGAAAAUCGAAACUAAGGUAAAAAAGACACAACACGCUACUCAGUACUCACGCAAGACUUCGGUUUAAAAAACAAUUAUAUUAACCCUUGCUACGAAGUAUAAAAGGAACAUGCAGUGAACAAGAUAUAAUUUUUACAAUAAACUAUGUACAAAUAUUGAAAUAUUGCGUAAACCACUAUAAGUUCUCCGCCAGGAACACAAGUUUGUCAACUUUCUCCGGUGCUCGUGCCGGCGUGCUAACUUGCCCCGCUUUACUGAAAAGUCUCUCCGACGGCGAACUGCUUGCUUGGAUGGCAAGAUACCUUCUCGAUAACUGGCAGAGCAACGGUAGUUCCUUUGCAUUUAAUUUCCACCAUUGAAGUGGAUCGUCAUCUCCGCGUCUAUCACUGGGAAUGCCGAGAUAUAGCGGUCAAUCUCUUUGGAUAGACGGCUACGCGGGGAUGCAGCGGGCGACGACGAUGUUUUCUCAGAUUUCUUGAGGCUCGUCAACGCUCCAAGACUGAGUUUGGCUUUCUUUGCAACAGGCACGGGCAGGACAUCUUCAUCUUCAACGGGUAACUCCAGAAAGUAG